GUGCCUGGAGACAUGUAUAGAGAAGUAUAGUUGGUUUAUAUGUGUAUAUAUAUUGUUUGUGUCUUUGUGAAUUUGUUUGCUUACAGUGUCUGCUCUGUGUCCAAAAAAACAUUAUGUCAGUGUAACCAUUGCUUACAUUUAAAAAUGUAUUUAUUUUGUGCAGCAAUAAGCAGUUGCAACUGACAAUUAGAAAAGCAGGAGGAAAACAUUGUUAAAAGUUCAGAAAUCAUUUUUGAAUAACUCCUGACAAGGUAAAAAGAAAAGACCCCUGGCCUCCGCCUCUCGCCACACUCAUACAACCUAAUGUUACCUUGGUACAGAAAAUACAUUUGUUAUGACCAAAGAGAAAAUCAACUGUGCGGCAGUUUCACUUAUGAUAUAAAGGUGUGAAAUCCGCAAAGAUACAGCUUUUCCUGCCUCACGUCCUUUACCUCCAUUGAUUUGCAGUCUACCCUAGUGAUACAUGUGAACCAUGGCUAGUCAGAGUAACGGUGGCUUAAAUCUUCAUGACGACAUGAUGGAGAGCGCUCUGAUCCGCUCUAUAUACUAUGGUAAAAUCAGUAAGGAGCAUACGGAGAGGCUGCUGGAGAGACAUGGGCACGAGGGCAGCUUUUUGCUAAGAGACAGUGAGAGCGUGCAAGGGGUCUACUGUUUGUGCGUACGGCAGACUCCAUAUGUCCACACCUACAGAAUCUGCCAUUCCUCUGAAGGAUGGGCCCUUCAGGUCGCUACAGGAAAAAGACAGCAGCAUUUCAGGACUCUUGACAGGCUGAUAGAAAGUUAUAGAAGAGGCGUUGCCUCUGACAUCAUAACCCCCCUGACACACCCACUGGACAAGACACAGCUGCCAGACAUAAGGCCAACAACAGAGACGGCCUAUAUGGAAAUGUGAAACUAACAAGUCAUUCUCAGUAGAGGAGACUCUGCAACUGGUCAGGUGGACUUACUCCUCUGUUUUUUACCCAAGAUACUUCAAGCCUGCCCACUGAUUGCUAUGAGGAUGUAUACUGAUCCAAUAUCUGAUCUAAAGUGACUCCUACCUGGAUGUGCAACAUAUGCCAUGUGCUAUUAUACCAACUCAACAAAGCAAAUGUUUAUUUCAAACAAAACGGCACUACAAAAAUGACCAGGAUUAAGUCAAACUUUUUCCCAGCUUUAUACAACUUAAAAAGUAUUAAUUUUUUCGUGCAAUAAUUGCACGA